AGGGAGCGGAGAAGACAGACGACAGGAGGCGAAGGCUGACACACAAUCAAAACCCCACAAGAAAAAUGCCCAAUUUUGAAGGCACCUGGAAAAUGAAAAGCAGCGAGAAUUUCGAAGAGUUGCUCAAAGCUCUUGGUGUGAAUGCCAUGCUGAGGAAGGUAGCAGUGGCGGCUGCGUCCAAGCCCCACGUGGAGAUAAAGCAAAAUGGCGAGCAGUUCUACAUCAAGACUUCUACCACUGUCCGCACCACGGAGAUCAACUUCCUCAUUGGAGAGGAGUUUAAUGAAGAGACAGUGGAUGGGAGAAAGUGUAAGAGUUUGGCCACUUGGGAGGCAGAAAACAAGAUUUACUGCAAACAGACUCUACUGAGUGGGAACGGCCCGAAGACCUUCUGGAGCCGGGAACUCAAAGGGGAUGAACUCAUACUGAUCUUUGGAGCUGAUGAUGUGGUGUGCACACGGAUCUACCUACGAGCAUAGCUGAAAUCAUUCCACCAACAAAUAAUCUUUCACUGUUUGAAGUGUCAGUGUCCGAAACUUUACAGAAAAAUCAACUAAUCACAUAAUCUGUUUUGACAUUAAGUGUUUUGCAUCUUCAUGAAAAUCAGUUACAGCUGAAUCCGUUUCGUCCACCUUUUUGUAUAGAAUUGUUCAAGCAUUGGCAAAUAAAAGAUGCAAUUAUAAUUUAAUGUGCUUUAGAUUUCGGAAAGGUAUAAAAGACAAAGGUGGUGACUAAAGCAGCAGUAGUUGUCUGCAUGCUAAGUAUUGCAGAUAUUUCCUGAUUAAGAACUUGCUGGUUAAAACAUCCAGUCAAUAAAAGCUUUCAGUGUGCAAACUGCAGACCUUUAAAAAUAAUAAAAAUUGCCCAUAUCAUACAAACACGAUGGCAGAAAUGAAGAAAUAAGUGGUCAACUGAGUUUCUAUUUAAAGGAUAGUUUAAUGCCAAACACCAUACUAACACUCAUGUACAACAUCAUAUAAGUCAAGAGAAGAGACACAUUAAAUGAGGUACAAACAAUGUCUUUAUGUACAAUCAGCUCCGUGGGACCUCCUGUGGUAUUUCAUAUUAAAACACAGUAAAUAUAAAAAUAAAAACCCAAGUUAUAAACUGUU